UUUGCCGUGUCAUUCAUAUCUGUCGAUUCGCAUCGGUAUCUCAUUAACGAAUUAUUCGUCUGCUCGGACUUUUCUCUACGUUACGAUGUGAAUGUUUUUCGGGACACUAGUUCCGUACACGAACCCCACGAACCCUACAUAACCUGUCAUUCCAUUCUUUAUUGUUCGUGGAAUAUAAAUCACGUCCGAAAAUCUAACGUAACUAGUGUCGGUUUGGUUUUGUUUGACAUUACCAAUAAUCGUCACCUUACAUCUCAAAUCACUAUUGAGGCGGUUAUUUUUUCUUCACUCUUUACAUUCCACUUGGUACUUAACCUGCAAUACUUGCUGCUCAAUACAUUCGUUCCGAAUAUAAAAAAAAAAAAAAACUUCAACUCCUGCGUACUUGACGAUAAAUUAUUUCAAUCGUACUAAUUUUAUAGGCCAGUGUUUGAAAAUGGAAAUUUCGGAAAUUCGUAUAAUUGUUUAUGCGAAUAAUAAUAUUUUUGACAAUUUAAUCGUUGCUCCGAGUCAUAUUAGCAGUUGUAGCAAAGAUUAUGCAAGGCCAGACAGCGCAAAGAACGAAUUGAAAUAUGUAUGUUUUAAACUGAAUCGACGUGGUUUAAAUUCAUAUCUAGUAUCAAAGUAUGCUUACACAAUGAAAAGAUCAAGUUAUUAUCGUCAAUCGUCACUGAAUAUGUGGCGAGAAUACUACAAAUCUAAAGUACAUGAAAAUUCACUCUUCGUUAUUUAUAUUAAACUACGGAUGCCUAAAGUACAAUAUCUUGACUACAAAUGGAAUGAAAGAAUUACCCAAAUGGCCUUGGAACGAAGAGAACUUGACCAUGCUAUGUCCUGGUUGUCGACUCUUGGAGGAGGAUUUUCUGCACUAGGAGAAACAUUUGAACAUUGUGCUGAGAUGGCUGGAAAAAUAUCUGUUAGGCAACUGCAGUUGGCGCUGCGUUUAGGAGAUGCGCUAUUAGUAGCCAGAUGCAAAUUGUGGGCUGCAUUGAGUUUGUUGCAACGUGGAUAUCUCAGGGUUUCAAAGAACAUAGUUCGAGAAACUUAUCGAUUGAGUAUAGAUAAAAAAGACAUACGUUUACAAAACAUGUGCAAAGGAGUCUGGGCGAAACUUCAAUAUACUUAUAAAGUUAAACGACAAUUAAGAAAACCUUAGCACACGUUGGUAGAUGUUGGACUUUGGUUCCAACCAUUAACUUUGUAUAUUUGUAAAUAAACUACUCAUGAAAAAUAACAGGCAGAUUUUAAUUAUCAUUUCAGUCAGUUUUUCAAUUAUCCUUGUGAGCUCUGAUACUGAAAAAGUUGGAUGAACCCAUAAUUUGCAAGUCGGAAAUCAAGUCGCGUAUUUUUUUCAUUUCAUCAUCGUUACCAUACAGAGAUCUGAAAUGAGUAGAUAUUCAGUCAUAUUUUUGGGAUACCUACUUAAAAUUGUUUCUGUACUUUUCAUUCAAGAUAUUAUAUGACUGAUGGAGAGUUUAUUGGGGGAAAAAAUAAUUUUACAAACUGAUUCAUUAUAAUUAAUAAACACAACACAACACUUAUUGUUAGAUGAUGUAUGUACAUAAGGUUUGGUAGAUUUUUUUAUUCGUUCUUAUUAUUAAAUUACUAACUUGUGUCUGUCUUUUAGAAAUCCUAUAAUUCCCCAAUUGACAAUUACUGCUGAAAUUCGAAUCGUACAUUAAAUUUCGGAAAUCAUAUUUUGCUGUGUAGUUCUGAUUCUAAUGUAGGUUAAUUUUCUUAUAAAAGAAAAAGAUUUAUAAUGUUCCUUCAUCUAUUUGAAAUAUUCUUGUUAUAGCGUAAAUAAUGUUUUAUCAUAGUACAUAUUAUAUUAUUUGGUUCGUGCCAGUGUAUUUGAAUUUUUGUUCAGUUUCACCUAAUCCCAUGUUGCAUACACAUAAAAUAUAGUAGCGCAAGAAAGGUUUAAUUGAUUUGACAAAUAUCUGUCCACGAAUUCAUCAACAUAAUCCAUCAAUUGGUCAAACAGAAACAAUGUAGUUAUGAUUAGAUGUGAUUAUUUUUGGUAAUUUUGUGUGCAAUCGGUCGCGGUUUCAAUAUUGGGCAUACUUUGACAAUCUAUCUUUGGUCAAUGACUAGCAACAUGACUUCACUUAACAAGCCUAGCUACUCACCAAAGGUGUACACAAAUGGCUACGUAUAUUUGUUUCAUAUUUUAUACAUGUUUUCUUAAAUCUCUAAGAACAAACGGUGAGCAAUUGUUAUAAAAAAUUGACUUGCUGAGACAUUACUCUUGAUGACACCAUCACGUGCAGUUCAUUUAUGCACUUAUCAAGGGACAUAAAGACUUGGACCAGCAGAAAAUUCGAUUCAUGUUCCACAUGAAUAGAGCAGAAGGUAGGAGGCAGUAAAAUCUGAUCUCUUAGAAAAUUAUUUGCACCUUUCAUGAAAUGUGAGCGUCUAAAUUAUAAAGUACGUCUAGAUUUUUUCAAGUUGAUAUUUUUGCCACCUAUUGUCUAGUACUGUUACGCAAUUUAAAUAUAAAAAGUAUUUGCCAGGGUUUAUUUACGCUUUUUGAUCACUCCAGAUUUGUAAUCAAACGUGAAAUUUUUUGCUAGUAAAGGAGUGUCUGUCCCUCAUGCAGGGAUGGAGUCGAUGUCAGAUUAUACAUAAAAAUUCUGCCCUAUCAAGGAGAUACUGAAAGAGUAAUAGGUGUUCAGUGAUUUUAAUAUGCGAGCGAUGAGUUGAAAGCACGUGGUGAAAACACGAGCUAAGUGCUUACAGCAUAUGCAAGUUUUUACCAAUCU